AUGGAUAACACUCAACUGGGUGCAUCUGCUUCAAAAUCUAAAUUUCAUUAUGAUAAUAAUUUAAAAUCAGCAAUUCUUACUUAUAGAAUACAAGACAAUUUGAAUAAACUUAAAUGUUUAACAAAUUCACAUUUACUUAACAAUCAUAGAUUUGAGGAUGAUGAUGAUGAUGAUGAAAAUACUGAUUUCGGUUUGAAUGAAUCGAAACCUUUUAUACUUAAAUUUAUUGAGCAGAAAAAUAAAUUAUACAGAAUCCAUGAGAACCUUGAAAAGAUCGAUGCUACUACUACUACUACUACUACUACUAAUACAAUAAAAAACAUUAAGAAACCAUGUGUAAAAAAGCAACAUUUAUUGCCGAAAUCCAAACACACUGAACAUUCGCUUGCAAUAAUUCCACAAACUGGAACAGUGAACAAAAUCCACAUUGAUUUGCAAACUCAUCAACAUAAACAAAUUACCGAUGAAGAGAAUUCGUCAAACAUUAACAAUAAUAAACUAACUGUAUGUAGAACCAGAAAAAUAUCCAAACCGGUUAAAUUGGAUCCAAUAGAAAAAUUAGUUGUUAGCGAUUAUCAAGAUGGCGAUUUUACAACCACUGGAAUUCAAGGACAUAAUAAAUUUGAUUAUAGCUUGUUUAAAAAUAACAACCAUGAAAAGAAUACUGUUAAAAGAAAGUGUAAAAAAGCUGUUUCAGAAAAUGAGCCAGCUUGUUGUUCGAAUACAACCAAAAAAUGUUGUUUAUAUGGAAUACGUAAACCAGCUGAUCCUUGGUUUUCUUUAGAUUCUUUGUUAAUAGAAAGUAGCAGGAUAAAACAGAAAACAAAUCCACUAUUACGUUUGUAUAGAUCUAAAAGUUGUGAUUUUACCAAUGUUAAUCAAUUCAACAAAUUUUCAUUAAGAUAUAAUAAAUCUAGACUGUAUGAGAGUUCACCGAAUUUAAUUAACCAAAUAACUGGUGAUUUAGUAAUCAUUCAAACUUUUUCAAGUCUAUUCAAUGAAGCAUUAUUUGCACGAGGUUGUCUACUCACUAAAGCUAGUCCCUUCCAAUCAUUACGUGAUUUAACUUUAUGUAUAUGUGUUGGUAAUAAAAAAUAUCAAACUAUGGCUUUUAUUAAACGUGGAUUGAUAUUUUAUCAAUUAAAAAAAUAUACAAUGACCAUACAUGAUUUUCAAUCAGCUUUAAAUAUUGGCUUUGCUUCAUCAUUAUAUGAUGAUAUUUAUCGUCUACUGGGCAUAACAUUUGUUCAAUUAAAUCUACACAUUAGAGCUAUUCAAGUGUUCACUGAAGGGAUAAAUAAAGCAAUAAAACCAGAUGUAAAGAUUUUAUUAUGUAGAGCAGAAGCUUAUUGUCAAUUGAAUCAAUUUGAUAAAGCAGUUCUCGACAUACAACGUGUUAUACAUUUGAACCCUCAUAUUGCAAAGAAUUAUUUAUCACUUGCAAAUUAUUUAAACAAACUUACCGCUGCUCAAUUGGUUCAACGUUCUGUUCAACAGUAUUUAAGUUUAGCGGAAAAUGAAAAUCAGAAACAUCAUAAACAAAUGGCAUUAGCAUAUUACUAUCUUCAUAAAUAUAAAGAAGCUGAACGAAUUUUAUUGGCGGAUACAAAACAUCACCUUGAAUUAGACAAUAUUUUAUUGCUUGGUUUAAUUUUGAAUAAACAACAACGUACAAUGAAUUCCAUUGAAUUAUUGACAAACAGUUUAAAGAAAUUACAUUGUAAGAAAUCUGACAAAGAGAAAAUUUAUGAUCAUCUUGGUCAAUAUUAUAUGAAAAUGGAGAAUUAUUUAGCAGCUAUCCAAGCAUUUACAAAUUUUAUUCACAGUGAUCCUAAAAGACCACAUGUUUAUUUAUAUCGUGCUCAAUGCGCUUGCCGAUUAAUAGCCUUACAUCUACAAGGAACAAUUGUUCUACCUUCUAAUUUUAAUGAUAACGUACUAAACGAUAUAGAUCAAGCACUUGUUCUACUCAAUACUAAAAAAUUGUUAAAUUAUCAAAUCAAUUUCAGUGGACCAAUGAGAUAUGCAGAUUUAAUUGAUCAAUGCCUAUUGACACGAAUUAUUUACUUUGGCAUACAUCAACGCUAUUCAAAAGCUAUACUAGACUGUAAUGAACUUAUUCACAAGAGACCAGAAUGGACAAGAAUAUGGGUUUAUCGCGGAGUAUACAAAUAUUUAUUAAAAAAACAUAAUUUCUCUGAAGCUGAUUUAGAUAUGGCUAUCAAAAAUGACCAUAAAUCCUCUUUAGCCUAUUAUAUCCGUGGUUUAUGCCGUCAAGUAUGUGGUAAAUCCAAUGAAGCAAUUCAAGACUAUCAUCACGCUAUUCAAUGUGCUUCAAUGGAUGGAUCAGUUCGACUACAUAGUUUAAUUAACAGAUCAAUUUUAUAUCUAGAAAAAUGUCAAAAUUAUCAAGCGGCAAUAAAUGAUCUUUACCGAGCAAAAAUAAUCUUGGAUAAAUUAAUGAAUUCUACCACAUUGACAGAUGAAAAUGAAAUUCAAUCAACAAACAAUGACCAGUGUAAAAACGAUAAAAAGUUCGCGAAUUUAUGUAUUCAAUUGAUGUAUACAAUUGGUAUUUGUUAUCAAAGACUUGAAUUGUAUGCGGAAGCAGAACAGAUAUUCCGUAAGUUAACCUAUCAAGAACCUGGUUUCCUUCAAGGACAUUUAGCACGUGCCAAUUGUUUCAUGGAUUAUGGUGGAUAUCAAAUUAAAAUGAAGUUAACAAAUUCAAAAAAUCUUUGGAAUAAAGCAUUGGAAGAAUAUGAAUUCGCUGUGAAAUUAGAUGAAUUCAGUUUGGAGGCGAGUAUUGGUUUGUCAAUGUGUUUACAAUGGACUAAUGAGAACAUUACUGAAAAUCACAAAGUGAAAAAAUUUAGAAAAUUAUUAGAAAUUAUGAAACAAACAAUCACUGGUAGUUUUGUACUGGUUUUAGGACGUUUAGAUGAUGCAUUAAAACAAAUUACACAUACGUUAGAUACUUAUUACGAUCUUAUAGAAUCUGGUGGCCAUAAUGAAUCGAUCGAUGACAAGCAACAAUCUUCAUUGAAAUGUCAUAACACAAUACUAGCUGAUGCCCAUGAUUGUCGAGCAAUUAUAUAUUUACAACUUGGACGACCUCAACGUGCUAUCGAUGAUUUGACAGCGUCAAUUCGACUAAAUCGUUAUUCUACAAAAUAUUUAAUCAAUCGUUCUGUUGCAUAUUUUCGUUCUCAUCAAUUAAUGUCAGCUAUGAUUGAUCUCAAAAAUGCAAUUCAACUUGAUUCAACAAAUGGUUUCGCUCAUUAUCAUCGAGCACUGAUUUAUUUACAUCACGGACAAUUUGAACAAGCUGAAGAUGUCAUCAAUUUAACAUUGAACACUGAACAACACUGCUCAUUACCCAAUUAUCAGUUAGAACCAAUGUCUAAAGAUCCAAGUGUAUGGGUAUUAAGAGCUAUCAUUAAAUUAUUAAAGCGUAAAUCAAACGACAAUCGAGAUAGAAUAUUAUAUGAAGCAUUAUCUGAUGUUUGUCAAGCGGAACAAUUGAUCUCACCUAAAUUAUCGCAUAAAUUAACUCCUUGGCCACAUUUACAUUAUACUAAAGGACAAAUUCUUUAUGAAUUAAAAUAUUAUCAGAGGGCUGAUGAGGAAUUUACAAAAGCUCUCAGUUUACUACCUGCUAAUAUGUAUAUCUAUCAAGCACGGUGUAAAUGUCGUGAACAAAUGUUCCAUGUCGGUUUGAUUAACUCAUAUGAAAGUGCACUGACAGAUUAUCGAUUAUCGAUUUUAGCCAAUAGCGUAACAAUUCAAUGAUGAGUAAUCAUUUUUUUUUAAAAAACAUAAAUUCGGAA